AUGCAAGAAAGGAAGCAGUCAAUCAAAAUGGGUGAUUCUGAAAAACACCAAUGUCGUGUCUGUGAUAUGAUAUUUCAUAGUUAUGAGGAGUUAGAAAGACAUUGUUUGAUUCACAUCGAAAAUGACAAUCCAGCAACAAGACCUAACUCAGAAAUUGUGUCAACAUUUGCCAUUGGCACUUCUGCCAAAUCAGUUGUUGAUUCUAAGGAUCAGUUAAACAGCCAUUGAUAAUUACCAGACCUACUGAACCAUCAGAAAUCGUUCUGAAAUUUCCCAACAUAUUCAGUGCUAUCAGUAAACCCCCUGCUGCAUCACAAAAUCAGCCUCAAGUAACAGUAG